CGACGACGGCGCACCCGAUUGGACGUUUGCGGCUGCGUGCGUCCGCAUGGCAACGCGACCUGCGCGCCACAAAUAAGGCAGGAGGGGAGCUAUGCUGGCAAGUCGGGAUUGAUUGACGACACCUUCGCGGGCACAGGGACCUGUAAACUGCCACUUGGAGCAGGUCACCAUGACAGCAGAGGAGAAAAUCAACAUCAAGGAGGCAGAAGUGGUCAAGCUGGUCCUUGACUUCCUCAGCUCCAGGAAGCUCCAUAUCAGCAUGUUGGCCUUGGAAAAGGAGAGCGGCAUCAUCAACGGCCUCUACUCCGAUGACAUGCUCUUCCUCAGGCAACUCAUACUGGAUGGUCAGUGGGAGGAGGUGAUGCAGUUCAUUCAGCCUUUAGAAGGGUUGGACAAGUUUGACAAGAAAAGGUUUCGCUAUAUCAUUCUGAAGCAGAAGUUUCUCGAGGCUCUUUGUGUAAAUAAUGCCAUGUCUGCAGCUGAAGACCCUCAAAAUCUGGAAUUGACCAUGCAAGAGGCUGUCAAGUGCCUGCACAAAUUGGAGGAGUUCUGCCCGUCUAAGGAGGACUACAGCAAACUGUGUCUUCUCCUCACGCUGCCUCGCCUCACCCACCACGCUGAGUUCAAGGACUGGAACCCGAGUACGGCGCGCGUCCACUGUUUCGAGGAGGCCUGUGUGAUGGUCGCCGAGUUCAUUCCAGCGGACAGGAAGCUGAGCGAGGCGGGCUUCAGAGCGAGUGGGAACCGCCUCUUUCAGCUGCUCAUCAAAGGGAUCCUUUACGAGUGCUGCGUCGAAUUCUGUCAGAGCAAAGCAACUGGAGAGGCGAUAACAGAGGGAGAGGUUUUGCUCGGCGUAGACUUGCUCUGCGGAAACGGGUGUGAUGAACUGGAUCUGUCGCUGCUGUCCUGGCUGCAGAACCUUUCUCCUGGUGCAUUUUCAUGCGCCUUCCAACAGAAGACCCUCAGUAUCCAUGUCGACCGGCUAAUGAAGCCCAGCAAGGCCGGUCACGCUGACCUCCUCAUGCCUCUGAUCAAUCGCCUCUCCCCCCGCCCGGCCUCACCUUUCCGCCAGAGGCCUCACUCGGCCGACACGUACAUGUCCAGAUCCCUGAAUCCGGCUCUGGAUGGACUGUCCCACGGCCUGGCUGUCCAGGACAAGAGAGGCGUGGAGGUCAACAUGAAAUCAGCUCUCAGUCGAAGCCUGGUGGAGAAUAAUUUUCACCAACUGGAUGAUUCCCCUGAGAAAAAGCACCCACGGAGUUUUGAAGGUCCCAAGACCACACGCACGCCUCUGACUCCUGGGAGAGAUGGUGGAACAGCAUGCACAGAAACAGUUGAGCGGCCUGACUCCACAGACCAAAUGCAGGAGUACUACAGGCAGCGUCUGCGUGUGCAGCAGCAUCUGGAGCAGAAGCAACAGCAGAGGCAGCUUUACCAGCAGAUGCUGCUUGAAGGGGGUGUGAAACCACUCGACGGAGCCCAAAACAACCUCACAGAGACCUUCCUCUCUCGAUCCAUUCAGAAACUGGAGGAGAUGAACGUUGGCAUUGACCACCACGGAGAUGAGGUUGGCCCACAUUUGGGCCAGCAGUGUAAUGGUGUGACAGAUGAGACCAGCACAUCCGACACCCAAGACCCAGGGGUAGUGCAAAGGGCGAAGCCUGGUGGUGUAAGCAGCAGCCCCUCAUUAGGACCUGGGAGCCAUUGCCUGCAACAUGUCAGUGAGUCCCCAGGUCCUGCAAGUGCUGAGAGGAUUGGCGGCACAGUGCAAGAUGAUUCGAGCAGCCAUGUGACACGUUGCACAACACAGCAGCCAGGAAAGACCAAAACCCAGUUUGUUAAAGUGAACCAGCUUGAAGACACGCAGGCAGUACGAUCUGUGGCCUUCCAUCCCUCCGGAUCACUUUAUGCUGUUGGUUCCAACUCUAAAACUCUCAGAGUUUGCGCCUACCCUGACACCCUAACAACCAGCACUCCGGAUGCAGUCAAGCAGCCAGUGGUGCGCUUCAGAAGGAACAAACACCACAAAGGUUCCAUCUACUGUGUCGCCUGGAGCCACUGUGGACAGCUGUUGGCCACCGGCUCCAAUGACAAAUAUGUCAAAGUUCUGCCUUUCAAUGCUGACAGCUGCAAUGCGACAGGUCCUGACCUGGAGUUCAGCAUGCAUGAUGGUACCAUAAGGGACUUAGCCUUCAUGGAGGGUCCUGAGAGCGGAGGUUCCAUCCUGAUUAGUGCUGGAGCUGGAGACUGCAACAUCUACACCACUGACUGCCAGAGAGGACAGGGCCUCCAUGCCUUGAGUGGACACACUGGCACUAUUUUGACGCUAUACACAUGGGGAGGGUGGAUGAUCACGUCUGGUUCCCAGGACAAGACAGUUCGCUUCUGGGACCUGCGGGUUCCAAGUUGUGUGCGUGUGGUGGGUACAACCCUGCAUGGCUCAGGAAGUGUGGUAGUUUCAGUGGCAGUGGAUCCCAGCGGGCGCCUGCUCGCCACUGGCCAGGAGGACAGCACCUGUAUGCUGUAUGACAUCAGAGGAGGCCGCAUAGUCCAGACGUACCGGCCGCACGGCAGUGACAUUCGUUCCGUACGCUUCUCACCAGGAGCCCAUAACCUUCUGACUGGUUCCUAUGACAACAAAAUCAUCAUCAGUGACCUGCAAGGUGACUUAACAAAACCAGUCCCUCAGACGUUGGCAGGAGAACACUGGGACAAGGUGAUCCAGUGUCGAUGGCAUCCCAAAGAUCGAACCUUCCUCUCUUCCUCCGCUGAUCGGACUGUUGUCCUCUGGGCUCCCAACCCUUGAGAAAGUCGGAAGACUCACAACAAAAUCAGUAGCGAGCCUUCAAUGGAACAUCAAGUAUAUUCAAGUGUUGAAUCACAAACUUUUGCAUAUGUUCGUGUUUUUAUGUCAGUGCAUUAAGUUGUCAGCGCUGUUGCGUCAUACGAGCAAUAUCUUUGGGCUCUGUUUUCGUGACUGCCGUAAAUCUGCGUGGAGGGGUGUUAGACCAGGUUUUAGUCAUUUCGCAGACGAGCGCAAGUAUUUAAAAGAGGGAGGUGUGCGCCAUUGUGUGUGUGAACGAAGCCGAUUUCAAUCAUCUCCAAACAAAGUGGCUCCUCUCAUUCCCUUUCAAUGGGGUGCAAUUGACAAGUCUGUAAUUGUAAUAAUGUGCUCAAUGAAUUGAUUUCUACAAUGAUUCAGAGGGUUUGGUGUCCACUAUUCACAUAUUUAUGAAUGGAAUACAUUUGACAUCUACAACACGUCUGCGGAGUUCAGAAUCUGCCGGUAUGUGCCCCCAAACCAAAUUCGCGUUUGACCAGCUCCUCCACGAUUAAGACGUGGUCCCAGCAAGCAUACGUUUAGACUGACUUUCUGCCACCAAAUUGUCAGUCCAUAGUGCGCCUGUCAAAGGUCACACCCUCACUGCGCCUGAACGCUCAGCUUGGCGUAGACUAGUCUGCCAUCUUGGCAAACGCACAGCGAGCCUUGCAGUGGCAUGGAACUCAAGAUACAACAUUUGCGCUCUUCUGCAGACGCACCGUUGACGAAAAUAGAACCCUUUAUGGACAGAUAUAUGACAGGUGUAGAAAACCGGAUUCAUAGUGCUUUAUGCUUGUCAAAUCACGCAGUCAUCAAUGUCGAAAGAUAGUUUUUAUGGUGGAGAAAAGAUGAGAAAGUGGCAAAUAGAUCUGCAACAUGAAGUUGUUGUACCAUCAAAUGACAGCUUUAUGAUGUAUGUUGAUAGUACACUCGUUUGAAAUGCAGAAUACAGUUCAGAGUUAAUGUAUGUACAGCGCUUGUACAAAUUAAAAUAAUCAGUCCAUUAAUAUUUUAACCAGCACUUUAAAUCUAGACACUGUAUUUGAGGAUAGCUUGGUGAAUAUAGUUUUGCUAGAAGAACCCUAAAUUAUAAAUGUGGGACAAAAAUUAUUGGUAAAAAAAACCAAAAAAUUGCGAAACAGUUUAAAUGAUUUUAUUUUAUUUUUAAAACACAAAGUCUUUGUCCAAUCCUUCUUGGCCUAUUGUCAAAAUACAAAGGGUUUAUAAUAAUGCACUUGAAAGCUAUGGAGAGGAAUUUAUUACAUAAUGUGCCUUUUUAAAGCAUUAGAGAGAGAUUUUUGGGUUGGUGUAGUAAGUGAACCAUUUAUCUAUGCAGGGUUAUCUAUUUUACCAUUUACUGUACAGACUUGGACAAGUGUACGUUUUUGUUGUAUCACUCACUGCACAUUUUAUGUUGUAUGUUGUGUUAGUACUGGAAAUAUGCACUGAAUGAAUAGUAAGUAAUAUUGUACAACAGAAACAGACGCUAUAACAAUUGACAUGUUGUUUGGUUGUACACAACUAGAAUUCAUAAAUUGCACCAUUAGAAUAGCUUGAUGUGUACUAGGGGGUUUGAACUUUCUGACAAAUUUCCCACAGCACGUUUAGAAAAAGAAUAGCACAACAACUUCUCUCUUUUUUUAUAAGGGGAAGUUACAGUAUGUUGAAUUCAGAAAUAUUGUGAUGAGAGUUUCAUCACUUAUCAACUGCUCUGGGCCUUUUGAAGUAAAUAUGUGGCCUGAGAUCUGAAUAAUCUUCAAAUAAGUAUCUUCAAAAGAAUGGUCACCAGACAUUCUCUGACAACUAAAUAUAUCUAUCCAUCUAUGUAUUUCCUACCACUUACCCUGUUCCUGGUCACAGGUGAGCUCGGGCCCAGCUGGUACAUGGGCAAGAGAUGGCGUCACUUUUUACGCAUGCACUUUAAAUGCAGAGGUUGUGCACAUAACAGUAUAACAAUAGUUGUUCAACUUACUACUAUGCAAGAACGUUUUUGGUGUGACUGACAGAAGGUAUAACAAAAUGUUUGUCAAUUGUACUAAACUCACUUACUUGGCUUGCUCAGUGCCUCAGUUUAAUAUUACAACCUCACCUUACCUUACACCAUAAUUUUGUUGCAUUGUAUAUGUUGAGGUACCGUAUGUUUAAUCACCUUGUGUUGUUGUACACAUUGUUUAUUCCACACGUCUCAUCAUUGUGAUGUUGCCUCUGUGGGUCACAGUGGGAUCUUUUAUUGUUCUGACUUACCUGCCAAAGGGCCAUUAGAGUUCAAUAGAUUGAAAUAAAACAUGCCACUGGUGAUAAAUAAAAUGGGCGUUUAAACAAUGUUUUGUUCGAGGCUACACUUUGUAAUGAUAAUACUGCAUGUGAGGACCACAUAAUCCUACAAAUUAAUACUACAAAAAUACUGUGUAUGUAGGAAUUUAGCUGUACAGACUUGUUUCCAUGCAAGUUAAAUAGGUGCUUGGCUGCACCGUAGUUCUUCAGUGCACAACUUCAUUAUGAAAACAAAGCCCAAAAUUGGACCAUUUUCUUCUAGUUACUUUUUGGACUGAAUCGGCGUAAUCUAUUUUGAAACAGGCCCAGAGGGUUGAACUGUUUUUAUAAAUGAGAAUUGCCAACAUUUGAACCUUUAAUUGAAAUGCCUCUAUUGAACCCUUUGAACCACAACUGAGCCUCAAUUCCUUAUGAAUCUACAUUGUAAAUUGCUUACUUUGUGGUUCACAUAUUCAAUGAUUAUGAUGACUUCGACAUUUGGUACCAAUACUAUGAUUGAACUGCUGAAUGGUCAACAAGGUUGUGUGAACUAGUAGCAUAACAUUGUUCAACAGUAGGAUAAAAUUAUAUUGCGAUGAGACCCAUCUUUUUAUACAGUCGGCUUUCAUGUGGGGGCUUGUUUCUGUUGACCCAAAUAUGGUGUCCGUUGUUGAUUGCCAAAUUUAGUAUGAUGAUCACUGACAUAAUGUUUGUAUACAAAAACAUAGGGGACAGAUAGGUUUGCUGGAGGGAUGAAGGUCACUGGAGAGUAAAAGAGAAACUGUCAUCACUCACAUGCUGCGCUCGAUCAUUCGCUCCUUUGUGAGGGGGACAAUGUGAACCGACAUUUGGGGGGCUUAAAAAGCAUACGCACUCUGUAAAGCCAGCCAGCCUGGAGGGACCACCCGACCGAGCAAGGCGUAUCGGAAAAGAAAACUGGACUUUUGAGGAAAUCUAUACGCUGGAUGAUAUUUUCUUUGUGGUUCCAAAAGACAACGUUGUGAAAAGCAUCAAAACUUAAGGUGAAACUGCAAGUGACAUUUGGAGCUUCUCUGUUUAACUUUUUUUUUUUUUUUUUUAAAUUGGUUUUAACGGGGCCUGGAAUAGGCAUUUAAUUUGUAAUGUUGGAUAGACUGAUGUGUGCUUUGUAAGUUUUUUGUUUUAAAGCUAUUACAUAGAAUUGUAAAUAAGUCUGAAAUCAUCAAAUUGUGUUUGGUUUGACCCAUAAAGCAACUGCUGACACUUCA